AUGCAGACUGCUUCUACAAACAUUUAUGAAAGAAUAGUUUACUCUCAGGAGCUCAGUGAAUUCAAGCAUGGUACCUUGAUAGGUUGCCACCUGUGCAAUAAGUCGAUCCAUGAAAUUUCCUUGCUACUAAAUAUUCCACAAACAAGUGUUAGUGGUAUUAUAACAAAGUGAAAGCAACUGGGAACAGCAGCAACUCAGCCACAAAGUGAGCAGGGUCAGCGCAUGCUGAAGUGCACGGUGCGCAGAAGUCAUCAACUGCCUGCAGAGUCAAUAUCUAAAGAUCUCCGAACUUCGUGCGGCAUUCAGAUUAGCACAACAGUGCAUAGAGAGCUUCAUGGAAUGGGUUUCCAUGGCUAA